UAGAAACAAAAUCAUUUCCCCCUCUCUCCCUCGUUCCGUCUCUAUUGCGGUUGCGGGGGAGCCACGCCACGCCAUAUGCGAGCACUGCCUCGCGUAGGCGAGCCCGUGCGCUGGAUGAUGGCCUCGAGCGCGCGGCCGCGGCGGGCGAUGGGGUCGUCGGCGGCGGGCGGCAGGAGGGACCCCGGCGAGAACCCGAAGGUGGGGAGGCUGCGGGAGCUCUUCGCCGGCGACGCGGCUGAUGGGUGGGAGAAGUCCUGGGAGUUUGGUGUGACCCCGUGGGAUUUGGGAAAGCCAACACCUGUCAUUGAACAUCUUGUUAGAUCAGAAACACUACCGAAAGGAAGAGCUUUGGUUCCUGGAUGCGGAAUGGGAUACGAUGUGGUGGCUCUGGCAUGCCCUGAACGAUUUGUUAUUGGCUUGGAUAUUUCUGAUAUGGCUGUUAAGAAGGCUAAGCAGUGGUCAUCCUCUUUGCCCAAUGCAGAUUAUUUUACUUUUCUGGCUGAAGAUUUCUUCAAGUGGAUACCAAGCGAACAAUUCGACCUUAUAUUUGAUUACACGUUCUUUUGUGCGCUUGACCCAAGCUUGAGGGUGGCUUGGGCAGAGACAAUUAACCGGCUGCUAAAACCUGAUGGAGAGCUUCUCACCUUGAUUUAUCUGCUCUUUCCGUCUUCCAAGGAUCACAAUAUGAUGUACUACACCGAAGUCAUUAUUUGAUAGGAUACAUUCUGAAGGUAAUGAAUAGAAUAUGGGGUUUUAGAAUCUGUAUUCGUGGGCAAUGGGGGAAGUGAGAAAAGUCAGUACAUUGUCGAUGUAUUAGGUGCAGAGCAGGGAUUUUGCCUACUUAGCCAUUCCUUAGUGCUUGACAGUUCAUUAUUACCCAAAAGCAGCCAGGCACCUAAGGUUUUCUCAUCUUAGUGCUUGACAGUUCAUUAUUACCCAAAAGCAGCUAGGCACCUAAGGUUUUCUCGUCCUCCUGCCGCGUGAUUCAGGACUUUAGUGUGAGAUGGCCCUCAAAAUAAUGUGUGAACAUGUUGUAUUUUGUGAGCAUGAGUUCAAGUGAUUGGUAUUGGACAAAGACAGAUGUUUUGUCCAUUCAGUGUCGUUACUCUAAGAGGAUAGACAAAGCAGAAACAUGGAAAAGUUGAAUACAAGUAUUAUAGCACUGGACACCAAAAUUAAUCUGCAUGCAUGCUUGAAAUCUAUUUGCAUUUCUGAAUGGUAUUCCAUUACACUGUUCAC